CGUCACACGCAUGCGCCAGCAACGGAAAGCAAACGUGGGGAGAGGGUUAUUUCGCAGGGCUGCUGUUUUGAAUACAAUAUUUUAUAUAAAUCCUAUUUUUCUUGCUCACUAUGGAUGACGAAGAGGAGACUUACCGAUUAUGGAAAAUUAGAAAAACUAUAAUGCAGCUCUGUCACGAUCGCGGUUAUUUAGUAACGCAAGAUGAAUUGGACCAGACCCUCGAUGAGUUUAAAAGUCAGUUUGGAGACAAACCCAGUGAGGGUCGACCGCGACGAACCGACCUCACUGUCCUGGUCGCCCACAACGACGAUCCAACCGACCAGAUGUUUGUUUUCUUUCCUGAGGAACCCAAAGUUGGCAUCAAAACCAUAAAGAUGUACUGCCAACGUAUGCAAGAGGAGAACAUCACACGAGCCAUUAUUGUAGUACAGAUGGGUAUGACCCCUUCAGCCAAGCAGUCUCUGGUAGACAUGGCACCGAAGUACAUACUCGAACAGUUUCUUCAACAAGAGCUUCUGAUCAACAUUACUGAACACGAGCUUGUGCCCGAACAUAUAGUGAUGACUAAAGAGGAAGUGACCGAGCUGUUGGCGAGAUAUAAACUAAAGGAAAGCCAGCUUCCCAGGAUUCAAGCUGGAGACCCCGUGGCUCGAUACUUUGGCUUGAAAAGAGGCCAGGUUGUUAAGAUUAUCAGACCAAGUGAGACUGCUGGACGGUACAUCACGUACAGAUUGGUCCAGUAAUUUGUUUUGAAGUUUAAAAUACUCCUGAACUCCAUAAAGUCUGAAUUUUCCCAGACCAUCCUUGUUAUUAAGACAGUUUUAUUUCUAUUAUCAAUAAAUACGAUUUUGUUACUCUG